AUCAAAACCAUUCGAUAAUUAUAUCGACAACAACAACAACAUUAUCACCAAUCAACCGAUUAGAUAAUCAUAAAAUGAUGCAUGAUUCAAAAAUUCUACCACGAAGUAAACGUUUUAUACAACGUAUGCCAAAAACACCUAAACUUCAAACACAUCAAACACAUCAUAGCAAAUCAUCAUCAUCAUUAUCAUCAAUGAUGACCACUUCAAAUGAUGAACAAUCCGAAUUUGAUAAUGAAAAAUUCGGUAACAUUAGUAUGGUAUUGGCUAAAUUGUUAGAUCAUUAUGAUCAUAAUCAACGUCCGGAUUAUGGUGGACCACCAGCUGUGAUAACAACUAAUCUUGAGAUACGUAGUAUGGGACCAAUAUCCGAAUUAGAUAUGGAAUAUUCUCUUGAUUGUUAUUUUCGACAAAAAUGGCAAGAUGAACGAUUACGUUUUACUGGUAAUGCUGAUUUUCUUUCAUUGAAUAUAAAAAUGUUGGAUAAAAUUUGGAAGCCAGACACAUAUUUCCAUACGGGUAAAGCAUCACAUCUACACAUGAUUACAACGCCAAAUAAAUUCUUACGAAUAUUCAAAGAUGGUCUUGUCCUCUAUUCUAUGAGAUUGACAAUUAAAUCUCUAUGUCCGAUGGAUUUACACAGUUUUCCUAUGGAUAAACAAAGCUGUCCAUUGAUUCUUGGAAGUUAUGGAUUUCCAAGCGAUCAACUUGUUUAUAGUUGGGAUAAAAAACCAGUCACAUUCAAUCAGAAAGAUUUUACAUUAUCACAAUUUGAUAUUGUUAAAACUAUUUAUCGUAAUGGAACAUUUCUAUUCAAACGUGGUAAUCAUUCAAUGCUUCAAGUAAAUUUCAAUCUAAGACGUCAUGUUGGCUAUUUUCUCAUACAAAUCUAUGUACCAUGUUCAUUGAUUGUCGUAUUGUCAUGGGUUUCAUUCUGGAUCAAUCGUGAAGCUACAUCUGAUCGUGUUGGUCUUGGUGUAACGGCCGUUCUUACAUUGUCUACAUUCGGUUUGGAUUCACGUAGUGAUCUACCACGUGUUAGUUAUGCAACAGCAUUAGAUUGGUAUACGGUCAUGUGUUUUCUGUUUGUUGUAUUUACAUUAUUAGAAUUUGCUGGUGUACAUUAUUUCACUAAAGUUGGUACCGGUGAAGUACCUGUUAUCGAAAUCGAUGAUGAUUGGGUAAAAAGUUCAGAUGAUUCGGAUACCAAUGAUGAUGAUGAUGAUGAUGAUAAUUAUGAUGUUGAUAAAAAUGUAGAUGAAAUCAUUGAUCAUGGAUUUAAUGAAAAAUUUCAACGAUCAUAUCGACAACGGCUUCCGCGACGACGACGACGACGACGACGCUACGACGUAAACCGAUAA